GCUUGUGAUUGGCGCGUGUCGUCGUGGGGGCGGAGACGUCGUGACCGCGUGAUGCGUAAAGGGUGGCUCGCAAGAUCCCGUACAUCGGUGUAAGGUAUUGUAUUUAGAGUGGCCACAAAGUCCCUUUGCAUGGCAAAAUAAGACGAUGCAACUGUAUUCGAGGAGCUUCGUGUGCCGCCCUCCUCCACUCCCAGCACACAGCUGGAUCCAUGCCCCAGUUCUCCUGGACGGAUUCUUCCAAGCGGAUGAUGGCUGUGGGCAGGUGCCAUCCGGUCUGGUUUCCCAUCCCGAUUGUGAGCACUUGCUCUAUCCACUGGGCUGUACUGUGGUCAUCCGGAGCCUCAAGGGGGCCCGUCAGUCAUUUCUGCAUGGACAUACCAACAACGUGUCUUGUCUGGCUGUGUCUAACAGUGGCCACUAUGUUGCAUCCGGACAAGUUACCUACAUGGGCUUUAAGGCGGACGUGAUUUUGUGGAAUUUUGAGAAGCGCGAGCUGCAUGCCCGGCUCACUUUGCACAAGGUGAAGGUUGAAGCAUUGGCCUUCUCACCUAAUGACCUCUACCUGGCAUCCUUGGGAGGCCAGGAUGAUGGCAGUGUGGUGAUCUGGAACGUGACCAAGAAGGAAGCUGUGUGUGGAAAUGCUGUUUCACUGCCAACGGCUGGCACCACAAACACCGUCCGCUUCACCAACACCAGCGACCUCUCCUUCAUUACAGCUGGGAAUGACACCAUUCGGGUAUGGCAACUGGACAUCCCCAAUCGUAAGAUUCGCCCCACAGACUGCCAGACAGGUCAACUUAAGAGGAUAAUCAAGUGUGUGGCGGUGGCACCAGAUGACAGCUUCUUUUACUGUGGCACCACAAGUGGAGACAUCUUGAAGGUUAAUCUCAAAACGAAGCUGCUCAACAGCUAUGGUCCGGCGAAGAACAAGUUAACGCUGGGAGUAACAGCCUUGAGUCUCCUCAAGUCUGGAGAGCUUUUGGUUGGUACAGGAGAUGGUGUGGUUGCACUUUGCAAGGAAGCCAACUUCAAGACAAUGCAAAAGGUGGCACUGGAGGGUGCAGUGACAUCCAUUUCCCUGCGUGGCCAGGGUCACCAGUUCUUUGCUGGAACAGCGGUGGCUCAGAUCUAUCAGUUCAACCUGCCAGAGUUCACUCAUGAGAUGAUCGCCACGUGCCACAGCGAGCCCGUCAACGACGUUGCUUUUCCAUUUGGCACAUCGGAGCUGUUCGCCACCUGCUCAAGUCAGGACAUACGUGUGUGGCACACACAGUCGGGCAAAGAGCUGCUGCGGAUCACUGUGCCCAACAUGACUUGCCACUCCAUCCAGUUUGCGCGCAAUGGAAAGAACAUCGUGAGCGGCUGGAACGAUGGUAAGAUCCGAGCGUUCACACCAGAAAGCGGGCGGUUGAUGUACAUCAUCGACAACGCGCACGGGAUGGGAGUGACCACAGUGUCCCUGACCGGUGACUGCAAACGGAUCAUCAGCGGUGGAGGAGAGGGCCAGGUGCGUGUUUGGGAGCUUGGGACCCAGAGUCAGCGGCUUGUGGAGGCGAUGAAGGAACACAAGUCGUCCAUCAGCUGCAUCCGCCUGAAGCACAAUGACAAGGAGUGUGUGAGUGCCAGUACUGAUGGCACUUGCAUCAUAUGGGAUCUCGAGCGAUUUGUAAGGAAGCAAAUCGUGAUGGCCAACACUUUGUUUAAGUGCGCAUGCUACCAUCCAGAGGAAUUCCAGAUCAUUACCAGCGGCACGGACCGAAAGAUCGGGUUCUGGGAGGUUUUUGAUGGAUCCCUCAUCCGCGAGCUGGAGGCCUCGCAGUCUGGAUCCAUCAACGGCAUGGAUGUGUCACCUGACGGAGAGUACUUUGUAACAGGUGGUGAUGACAAGCUCAUCAAAGUGUGGAGCUACAACGAUGGGGACGUGACGUUCGUUGGCAAGGGGCAUAGCGGCAACGUGACUCGUCUGUGCGUCUGCCCCAACCGCUGGCACAUCUUGAGUGUCAGUACCGAUGGCGCCAUCCUGCGCUGGCGCUACCCACACUCGUCCGCCUGAUGCGCUGCCGUCCUCCGCACACGAGCACACUGAGCAGCCAACUUCACACACUUACAAAUAAAGGCGAGUCAAAUACUCCGUUACGUAAAUAAAUUGCCGAUGAUUCUCUUGAGGUAAUUACUGUUUUAAUGAAGAAGCCAUACAACACACUUGGAAUGGCAGAAUGGAAGAGUUGUAACAAUAAUAAAACUAAUAUUUGCCAUUCUAGCAUAACGUAUUCAUAUAAGAUGGCUUUGAUGACUCAUAUCAUAGCAGUAUCCUUUUUUCCAUGUGGGCAGGAGUUCAAGUUCUGGUUCACGUUAAUUUAGCUCAUCCCUCCAUUGCCAGUGGUAUAAGCAGCCCACGUGGUGAUUCACACUCAGUAAGAAGUCUGCACUCUGCAGUGGCCGCCAAAAAUUCAGGAAUAAAAACUGAAUUUCUGCCAGUAGAAGUGCACAUCAUUUAAUUGAUUGAGAUCGUGUUGGAAAAUGUUUGGCAAUAAUAUAUAUAUCUCAGCAUACCAAGAACAUGUUUAGUCUCUCAUUUAGUUGCAGUGGACAAUGGAACACAAGAUCUUUCCUGUUGAAUUAAGGGCUGUUGGGGCCACUGUCACUUGACCUGUUUAAGAGACGCUAACGACGCCAGUGUGGAAUGCCUCUCUAUUGACACCCGUAUACAUGUUGUCCACCUGUCCAGGAACAGUUGGGAGCAUUCGGCACUACAAAAAUAUGUAUAUCUGGGACUUCCGGUUGAGAACCCCUGUGUUAGGGGCCACACGAAUGCUGAUCACGUUUAUUUGGUCUGACCCGAGAGGUAUAGCCAUAGAUAGGCCACUAAAAUAAUGAGGAAUUAUAGCAACUUUUUUAUUUCAAAUCCCCUGCAUAUUUCCCACCAAUACAGAGCGGUUACUCACAAAAUUUAGAUCACCUAUUGAAAAUAAAGUAAGAGGGUCAGAAAUCAGUGAGGCUGCUAUACAAAAGAUAACCCCGGAUAGUUAUUACUUAAAUGAUAUAUUAAUUGUUCCAUAUGACCUGAAACACUUUAUCCUCCCCGGUAACAGCUCAAUUAUAUUAAGAGUUAAUCGACUAACUUCUAGGAAGCCACCACUCUCCUCGCACCUGUCCCUUCUGAUACAUUUUAUUAAAGUGUCCCCAACCAUGUAUGAAGAGCCCUCUGCAUUAGCUUUGGCAAGACCAUUGGAGGCAUAACAUACUAAAAACACGUACAAGAUCAUUUUACAAAGUUUACAUUUGGGUUGGAUCAAAAUAGUGAUAUUCCUGGACACGUUUUUCAUUAGAAUUCAUUUUGUUAAAUAUCAGCUCAAAAAAAAGAUUACGUAAGAUUGUGGGUGAAGCAGUGGUUUUGUUUUUUUGCCCUGACCUUAUGUACCCAGAGACUUCAGUUCAAUCUUCGGCCAUGACUAACAGCAUUUCACCAACCCACACUGAAGUCUAGUUAAAGAGCCCCUUAUGACUGACCUGGCAUGGGGAGUCCUUCAUCCAGCACGUGAUUGACAAUUGGCUUUAACAUCUUUACUCCUACACAAGAUUCAUGAAAUUAUAUACUUGGCUCAGAAAAGUGUAAUCUUCCAUAAGGUCUAACUGCAAAUAAUGCUGGUCAUGGGAAAAAGAAAAAUGACUCAUGUUUCCAGGUUUUAAUUCAGUUGUUUUCUUCUGCAGUUCUCUGUGUUGUACAUACAUAUGUUGUACACACAUAUGUAGAAAAUUAUCUUCCACUCAGCGUAAAAAAAGUUGUUUGAAGUUAAUGCGGAAUAGUGGCCCAAAAUUCAGGGAAACGCCAUAUUUUCCAGCUGAUACAGUCAGUGAAAUUCGAUCCUCUGAUAAUUUCUCCACAAAAAAUAAGCCAAUGCCUGCCUUGUGACUUUGAUCCCAUCCGUGAGGUACUCCUUAAGUUAUAAGCAACAGAUGUGUUGGAGUAUUGCUUCAUACUAAUUCGAGGGUUGUCUUUAUAAUUGCAAUCUUUAUUUUAUAAAGGGCCUUUCAUAUCGGAAUAUCUCAAAGCACUGUACGUAAAAAAAUACACUCACAAGCAGAUACAAUCCAAUGGAAAUAAUUUUAAAAAUAUUAUAAUAAUAAAGAUACGUUGAAGAAGAAACUAUGAUAAAGCCAAUAAUAAUAAUUACGCUCGUCCAGGUGAAAAUCAAACUACAGGAAGAGCCUAUUAGUAAAAAAAAGGUUUUCAAGCUUGAUUUAAAAGUAAUAAUCUUCACAAUUUCUAGAUAUAGGUAGGGGUAGCGUUCCACAGUCUUAGUGCAUAGCAGCAGAAUGCACAUUCACUCAGAAUGCACGAUGUUUUGCAAGCCCCGCCGUAACACAGUUUAACCGUUCACAAGUUACUUGCUUCGAGGUUCACUUUACUCUUGACACCACUGUACCACGCCUCCAGUCACUCCUGUUGGAUUUGUGAUGAUGCAAAGUACAACCUCAUUUUCACACUUGCUUGUAGUAAAAUACCAAUGACUCAUAAAGAAUAACGCACAUAUUUAACUCUGGUAUUUAUCACACUCAGUUUUUUUUGCGUCCCUAACAGCUAACAAGUUUUCAGUUAUCUUUUAUUUGGUUCGCGGAUUGUGAGUUGCAUUCAGGACGUGUUUGUUAUUCGAAUAUGCAAAAUAACAUCGACUUGAGCCUUUUGCAUAAACGGGAAUUGCACACAUACAAGUGAAAUUUACAAACACUUUAAACAAUUAAGAAUUGCCUUUUUACUCAAUGGCAUUUGGUUAAAAGUAUUGCAUAUUUAACCUUUAUUAUUCAAAAGGGAAGAUACGUGAAUGUAUAAACAAUGAUAACCCAGCACAGGCAAUUUUAAGUUGACAUUUGAAAAUAUGCUUUUAAGCAAAUAAUCUGUGAGAAAGUGCACAUUUUAAAGGCACUAUCCAGUACUUGUGGAGUGUGUAAUGUAGAAUAAAUUGAUAGAUUCAAUAAAGUAUUCUUGGAAAAACCA